GAUAAUCAAAAUGAAAAAUUAGUGGUGAAAUUUAUGAUAAUGAGGCAAAUUUUACUUUGCAAAUUAUUCCCCUGCCCAAAUGUGGCUAUCUUGUUUUUUAAUUUUAUCUGGCAAGAGUAUUUGAUGGUUAACAGCAAUCAACUGUACUCUCAUCAUGUCAGUGUUAAAGAUUUUUAAUUCAUAAAUAAUUAUUUGUUCAAGUCCUCAAGAAAGAAAUUAGUACAAGAAUGAAACAUUCCCUCAGUCAGUUUUCUAUUAUGAGUAAACAUCACUCAGCCAGACAGAUAUCAUUCCCUUUCAGCUGUUUGGUUUCUCACUGAGCAAAAAGAGAGUGGCUGUUUUCAAGGGUACAAUUUCUGACUAUUGUCUGCACAGUAAGUCAAUCAUUUUACAAACACAGCUUUGUGGAAGAUAAGUAAAACCGUAUGACAAUAAAUAUUAUGAAGAGAACUCUGAAAAAUAGAGAAAAGUAAAAGAAAACGAAUGAAGUGAAGAUUUAUUUCGAAGUAGUCGAAAAUCGUGCUGUCCCCUACCCCCAGAACAGGUUUGAAGUGACGACGUCACUCGGGGAAUCCCAUAAUGCAACAUCCGCCCCUGAAGAAUUUUAGUGCGCCCCGCACAUUGGGGGCCCACUAUAAAUAAGAGGCGACGAACUGAGUGGGGAAAGAAGCGCUUUCGGGGCGCUUCACUCGGCAGGAACAAAGGAACUGAGUUCUUUCGCCGAAUUCCUUCGAAAAAGGAAGGGAGGUCGGCCCGUAGUCGAACGAAAACAAACUAAAAUAAUCGACCGGACAGACUUUGAAGUACGUUAUACUGUUUGAAGCGUCCGGAGAGAGACAGCUUCAAGUGGAGAAACGAAAAGGUUUCGGAUAAAAUUACCUCAUCGAAUCGGCCAUCUUGUUGAAGCAAAGUUAUGGCUUUCGUGUCUGGCUCACCGGCUCCCUUACGGGACGUAAAGAUGGUCCAGUUUGGGGUGUUAAGCCCAGAUGAAAUAAAACAAAUGUCUGUUACGACUGAGGGCGGCAUCAAGUACUCCGAAACGAUGGAAGGCGGAAGGCCUAAGCUGGGAGGUUUGAUGGAUCCACGGCAAGGGACGAUCGACCGUUUCUCUCGUUGCCAAACUUGCGCUGGAAACAUGACGGAGUGUCCCGGGCAUUACGGACACAUAGAGCUGGCAAAACCAGUGUUCCACGUCGGCUUCUAUAAGAUGAUAAUCAAAUGUUUGAGAUGCGUUUGCUUCUACUGUUCAAAACUUCUUGUCGAUGGGAAUAAUCCAAAAGUGAAAGACAUAUUGUCAAAGUCUCAAAAUCAACCACUGAAGCGUCUUCAACACAUCUAUGACUUGUGCAAAGGAAAGCGUGUUUGUGAAGGUGGUGACAUUGUUGAUGAUAAACUGCCAUCCCAAGAUAUUGAUGAGGCUGAGAAGAAGAUGAGUCAUGGUGGUUGUGGUCGAAACCAGCCACAGAUCAGAAGAAGUGGCCUUGAACUAACAGCAGAAUGGAAGGAAGUGAAUGAGGAUUCACAAGAAAAGAAGAUUCCACUAACAGCAGAGCGUGUCCAUGAAAUAUUUAAAAGAAUCACUGACGAGGAAUGUGAAAUUCUGGGAAUGAGUCCCAAGCAUGCUCGUCCUGAUUGGUUGAUUGUGACAGUGCUGCCAGUGCCUCCGCUGGCUGUAAGGCCUUCCAUUGUUAUGAGUGGUACUGCUCGUAGUCAGGAUGACUUGACUCACAAGCUAUCAGAUGUGGUGAAGGCAAAUGGCAAUCUUCGAAGGAAUGAACUGAAUGGAGCUGCAGCUCACAUAAUUGCAGAAGAUACAAAAAUGCUCCAGUAUCAUGUUGCAACAUUGAUAGACAAUGAAAUUCCUGGUUUGCCAAGGGCCAUGCAAAAGUCUGGCCGUCCCUUGAAAUCAGUGAAACAGAGACUGAAGAGCAAGGAAGGACGUAUCAGAGGAAAUUUGAUGGGAAAACGAGUUGACUUUUCAGCUCGUGCUGUCAUUACACCAGAUCCUAACUUGUCUAUUGACCAAGUGGGAGUUCCACGGACUAUUGCUCAGAAUCUUACUUUCCCUGAAAUUGUCACCCCAUUCAACAUUGACAGCAUGCAAGAGCUUGUGCGUCGUGGAAACAAUCAGUAUCCCGGUGCUAAAUACAUUAUCAGGGACAAUGGGGAGCGUAUUGACCUGAGGUUUCAUCCCAAGCCAAGCGAUCUGCAUCUUCAGUUUGGAUAUAGGGUGGAGCGACACAUCAGAGAUGAUGACGUGAUUAUCUUCAAUCGUCAACCUACUCUUCACAAAAUGUCCAUGAUGGGGCACAGGGUUAAAAUCUUGCCAUGGUCAACAUUCAGAUUGAAUCUCAGUGUGACCACACCCUACAAUGCUGACUUUGAUGGAGAUGAGAUGAACUUGCAUGUCCCUCAGUCCCUAGAGGCACGCGCAGAAAUCACAGAGAUCAUGAUGGUGCCGAGAAACAUUGUCACACCACAGUCAAACAAACCUGUUAUGGGUAUCGUGCAGGACUCUUUGAUGGCUGUAAGGAGAUUCACAAAAAGAGAUGUGUUUCUUGAGAAGGACACUAUGAUGAAUCUGAUGAUGUGGAUUCCUGAUUGGGAUGGAAAGCUUAUACAGCCAGCCAUCCUCAAGCCCAAGCCUUUGUGGACAGGAAAACAGAUCUUCAGUAUGAUCAUUCCUGGAAAUGUGAACAUGAUCCGCACGCACAGUACCCAUCCAGAUGAUGAAGACAGUGGACCAUACAAGCACAUCUCUCCUGGUGACACCAAGGUUCUGAUAGAACAUGGUGAGCUGAUCUCUGGCAUUUUGUGUAAGAAAUCGCUGGGAACCUCGUCAGGAAGUUUGGUCCAUAUUGUUGCUGUUGAACUCGGUCAUGAGAUUGCCCGUAUGUUUUAUGGCAAUAUUCAGACUGUUGUGAACAACUGGACUCUCAUUGAAGGUCACAGUAUCGGUAUUGGUGACUGUAUCGCUGACAAUGAGACUUAUGAAGAAAUCCAGAGAGUAUUCGUCCCUAUUCUACAGGAUGUGCUUUGCCGUUUGGAACACACAACCUUGCGUAAGGUCACUGCCAACACAGCCAUUUACUACGAUCCAGACCCCCAGAACACAGUAGUGGCGGAGGAUCAGGACUUUGUGAACGUUUACUAUGAAAUGCCCGACUUUGACGUAACUCGCAUAUCGCCUUGGCUUCUUCGCAUAGAACUCGAUCGUAAGCGAAUGACAGACAAGAAGCUCACCAUGGAGCAGAUCUCGGAAAAAAUCAACUUGGGUUUUGGUGACGAUCUGAACUGUAUCUUCAAUGAUGACAACGCAGAGAAACUGGUGCUGCGUAUCAGAAUUAUGAACAAUGAUGAUGGGAAAUUCCAGGACGAAGAAGAACAGUUGGACAAGAUGGAUGAUGACGUAUUUUUACGUUGCAUUGAAGCCAACAUGCUGACUGACAUGACCCUACAGGGGAUUGAAGCUAUCUCCAAGGUGUACAUGAACCUACCGAAUGAAGAUAACAAGAAGCGUGUCACCAUCACCGAGGAGGGCGAGUUUAAACAUAUCUCUGAGUGGAUUCUGGAAACUGAUGGUGUGUCGCUUAUGAGGGUUCUAAGCGAAAACGAUGUUGAUCCAGUGCGUACGACAUCAAAUGACAUUUGUGAAAUAUUCUCUGUUCUUGGAGUUGAAGCUGUCCGGAAGGCAGUGGAGCGUGAAAUGAAUCACGUGAUCUCAUUUGACGGUUCAUACGUGAAUUACCGUCACUUGGCUUUGUUGUGUGACAUCAUGACGUGUCGAGGACAUCUCAUGGCCAUUACAAGACACGGCAUUAACCGACAAGAGGUUGGCGCGCUCAUGAGAUGCUCUUUUGAAGAAACGGUCGAUGUGCUGAUGGAGGCUGCUCAACACGCGGAAGUAGAUCAUCUGCGCGGUGUCAGUGAGUGCUUGAUCCUUGGAAAACUUCCUCGGAUAGGCACAGGCAGCUUCGAUCUCAUGUUAGAUGCAGAGAAAUGCAAGUCUGGUAUGGAGAUCCCUACUAACAUAAUGGGCCCAGGAAUGAUGGGUGGACCCAUGACAGGUACGGGAAUGUUCUUUGGUGUAGCAGGAUCUCCUACUGCCAAGUCACCUCAAAUGACACCAUGGACCAUGGGAGCCACACCCGCUUAUACAGAGGCUUGGAGUCCCGGACUCGGCAGUGGAAUGACACCAGGAGCUGCUGGUUUCUCGCCUGCAGCUUCAGAAGCCAGCGGGUUUAGCCCUGGAGGGUACAGCCCAGCUUGGAGCCCGCAGCCACAAUCACCUUCGUCCCCGGGCCCCAGCAGCCCGUACAUCCCCAGUCCAGCGGCAGCGAGUCCGAACUACUCACCAGCAAGCCCGGCGUUUAUGCCAAGCUCGCCCUCCAUGUCACCUGCCAGUCCCUCGUAUUCUCCGACUUCACCUGGCUAUUCUCCCAGUUCCCCAUCAACUGGGUACUCGCCAGCAAGUCCAAGUUACUCGCCGACUUCUCCAUCGUACUCGCCGACCUCGCCGUCGUACUCGCCAACGUCUCCAUCCUACAGUCCCACUUCUCCUUCUUAUUCUCCUACAUCUCCUUCUUACAGCCCUUCGUCGCCAUCUUACUCACCCACCUCUCCAUCUUACUCUCCUAGCUCUCCGUCAUAUUCUCCCACUUCUCCCUCAUAUUCCCCCACCUCACCUUCAUAUUCCCCCACUUCUCCUUCCUAUUCACCAACAUCCCCGUCAUAUUCGCCCACAUCUCCCAGCUACAGUCCAACAUCCCCUUCGUACUCUCCCACAUCCCCGUCUUAUUCUCCCACCUCUCCGUCCUAUUCACCUUCAUCACCAUCCUAUUCCCCCACUUCUCCAAGCUACUCUCCGCAGUCACCAUCUUAUUCCCCUAGUUCCCCCUCGUAUUCCCCAUCAUCUCCCAAGUAUUCUCCCACUUCUCCCAGCUACUCUCCCACUUCACCAAAGUACAGCCCUACAUCACCAACCUACUCGCCUUCCUCUCCAUCUUAUUCUCCUUCUUCUCCAAAGUAUUCUCCUUCCUCUCUAUCUUACACUCCUUCUUCUCCAACCUACUCUCCCACCUCUCCAACUUACUCGCCGUCCUCUCCUCGCUAUUCUCCUACCUCACCUCAGUAUAGCCCUUCCUCGCCUCAGUACUCGCCGUCAUCGCCCAAGUACAGCCCCAGCUCACCUCAUUACUCGCCAUCUUCGCCAUCAACGGCACCAUUUACACCAGCAUCAGCGCAGUAUAGUCCAAGCUCACCUAAAUACAGUCCGGCUGGCAGUGGACCUUCACCGUCUCCUCAGUAUUCACCAUCAUCGCCACAUUACUCCCCGCAAUAAAGCAUGGUUUAAUCAAACUCGCAGAGUUUAAAGUGGUGUUUGCCAGGAGUGAACAGUAGUGAAACAUGCACUAAUAUGCACUGGAUAAAAGCCUUGCAGGUGCGAGUAGAUUGACAACUGAUUUUCUCAUUCAACUGCUCGGCACACACAGGGGAGAAGUCUUGUAACUGCAAGCAUUGAGACUAUUGAAACACGCCUCGUGUCUAUGCGAGGAUGUGAGCCAAUGCUUGAAUGACUGAGGAGACUUAUCAGUGUACACUGCGAUAACUGUCUUAUAUUUUAUAAGUUUAGCUGAUUUAACCUUAAACUAACGACGAAUCGAAUUUAUAAGUGACGUCGAUUUGAAUUUGGAAUUUCUUCACGAAAUUUGUUUAAUGUGUGGGAAGCUUAUACUUUUUUACACGAUUAUCUCAUCGUCGAGCGUGAGGUAGCGACUGCAUGGAAGUGUUUUUGUCAGUUAGCCAACGCUUAUGUUUGAAGUUUAAAAAAUUUCUUGGGAUUGAAUCACCGCUGAUGUAAAAAAAAAAAACCGUUUAAAACACAAUAACCAAGUAGGCACACCAAAACAUAAUUGCAAGCAACAUGGUGUACACAUCAUAAAGUAAACCCCGCCCCCCUCCCCCAAGGAGGGGAACAAAAACAAAAACCGAACAAACAAAUCAAUGUCAUUACAGUACGUUUUGUCACAUUGGUUUUUAGGGACGAAAAUAGCUCAUAUCACUUGUAGAAAAAAAAAAGAAAAAAAAA